AUGAAUCUCAUACUUGCUUUCAAACGUGACUGCCAUGAGGCCCUAAGCAUGCUAACAAAGCUUGUGAGAGUUUAUGAAAGUAAAAUAAAAACUAAUGAUUCUGAUGCGCAUUGGAAAUCCAAGACGUCAGAUUUGAUCUGUUCAGAAAGCAGUUUUAUAGGAAACGAACCGAGGAACAUUCUGUCAAAGUGUGGGAACAAAAAAAGUCAGAGAAUUCUGGACCACGAUGUGAAAAAAAACUCGAAAGUGGGAGAUAAUGACAGUCGGCACAAUGAAUAUCUGGAGGAAUUUGUUUCAGAACAUGAAGUGCAUGAUCUGGAACAAAUUCCUACUUCCCCAUCUGAAAAUUAG